AAAAACAGCAGUUUGUCCCCUUUGCGUCUAACUAUUUUAUUAAACAGAAUCUAAUGUGCUGGGGCAAAUGCCGCCAUGCAACACGUUUUUUUUUGUCAGCCGUGAUGCAACUUCUGAAAUGUGUUCUGCCUGUAAACCGUCCAAAAGUAGUUGUCUUUUUGCAUGAAAAGGAAGGAAAUUACAGGAACUUGUGCCCUGACUACAUCAUGUGUCAACCACUCACUUACUUCUUGUUUUCAUACUGCCAGUGAGUUGUCUUACAAAACCAUUCCACUUUGCUCUGGUGGGUGAUGCAACAAUGGCCUUGAGAAAACCAGGAAGUGUGUUUGUGGUCUUUCUCUUGUCAAUGGCAGCAAAUACAGCAACAAGGUGUGGACAACAAAGCCAGGUGAUGGUGCCUCCCACCAACGUAGUGAAGGGACAGGAGGUGACACUGACCUGUAGCAACACCUGUACUCUGAGUGACAACCCCAACCCCACCUACAUCUGGUACAAGAAUGGACAUCGUCUAGAUGAGCACAUUUCCCAACAAUAUCCUAUCCACAUUUACUAUUCAGACAUUUACUCCUGUGCUGUAAAAGGCCAUGAGGAUCUCCUCUCUCCUGCAGUGUGUGUUCUGGGUCAGAACUGUUUUAACGUGACUUACAUCCAUCAGAGUAUCUGUGCCUUGAAGGGCUCAACAGUGGAACUGCCCUGCACAUAUCAACAUCCAAAUAAUCAUGUAGUCUCAGAACCAAACUGGUAUAUCCAAGAUAAAUAUAAUGAGACGCCUAAAAUCCUGAGCUCGGUGCCAGAGUAUGCAGGUCGUGCUGAGUACCUUGGGACUAAAGAGAAAGACUGCACCCUGAGAAUCACAGACCUGAGAGAGAGAGAUUCAGCUGAGUACAAGUUCAGAUUUAAAACACAGUAUGCAGAAUGGGGGUACAGCUUCCAUGGAAUAACUCUGACUGUCACAGACCUGCAGGUGAAGGUGUCUUCCUCCACAGAGGAAAAGAAGAGAACACUGACCUGUAGCACCACCUGUCUUCUGACUGACAACCCCACCUACAUCUGGUACAAGAACGGACAACAUCUCCAUGACCCUACUUCCCAACAAUACUCCUGUAAUACUCUAGUGGUCGGGUGUUACUCUACAGACAGUUACUCCUGUGCUGUAAAAGACCAUGAUGAUUUUCUCACUCCUACAGUGUGUGAGUCUGAACUCACCUAUAAUAAUCAUCUUAAGUAUCAAUCAUUAAGGCCUGUGGACCAAUAGUAGAACAUGUGGGGAAAAAUAGACAAAUCUGUUCACUCUUGGAUAGUAACACUAGUAGAAAGUAUAUGGUAUAAUAUACAAGGUAGAAAUUGUUGAUGGGAUGUUAUCUAGUUAUUCCAUUUUA